CCAGAAUGACAGAGCAGGAGAUAUGAAAAUUGAUUAAGAGACAGGCCAAUGCAAUCUAUAUCAGAGUGAAAGAGCAUAGGCAUGGUUAGAAGCACGCCAUCCCAGAAUAAUAGCCUGUGAAGGGGCAGGCCAGACUAAUCCAUGUCAGAGACGCUUGGAAAGUAGCCAGGAGAAAGGCCAAAGAAAUCUAUUACCGAAUGACGGCCGGCAGGGAAAUGGGUGGCAGGACAGACAAGAGCAAUCCAUGCCAGAGGCCGGAGCCCUGGAACUGUCUUGCUGCUGCGGGGUCUGAGUGGGGUCGGGAAGGGCGUUAACCCUCGCGGUGCCGGGCGGGCUCUGGACUAGGGGCGGGCGCGAAACCACGGCCAACCCCAGCGCCCACGAAUCCUCCUGGGAUCUUCACCACCACCACCCCACCAGGCCAAGGCGGGAGACAGCACAAUCCAUUCUCCCCUCAGCUCUGAGGGUUCUUCCCCUCCCCUUCCAAGGCUGGGUGCUGCAUCAAGGGGGAGCAAAGGUCAAAUAUUGGGUUUUGCUGAAGACUGUUGCCAUGCUAAGAAGAUGGAAGAAAACAAAAUGACGGUCUCCUCACCAUUUGGGCUGCACUUAGUGCACUUGGAUCUCAAAGGUGCUCCACCAAAGGUCUCCUACCUGGCUGAGAUCUUUCCUUUAUUUCGUACCCUUGGUGCCAAUGGCCUUCUCAUUGAGUAUGAGGACAUGUUUCCUUAUGAGGGAGAGCUGAAGCCACUCAGAGCAGAGCAUGCUUACAGUGCCUCAGAGAUUAAAGAGAUUUUAUAUUUGGCAAAAUUGCAUGAGUUAGAAGUUAUCCCUCUGGUGCAGACCUUUGGACACAUGGAAUUUGUCCUAAAACACCAAGAGUUUUCUCACCUCCGGGAGGUGGAGAUGUUUCCAAACGCCCUCAAUCCACACAAAGAGGAAUCCCUGAUGCUGGUCAGUGCAAUGAUUGAUCAGGUGGUGGCGCUGCACGAUGGCUUACGAUGGUUUCACAUAGGCUCUGAUGAGGUCUACUAUCUCGGUGAAGGGGAGGAGUCAAAGCAAUGGCUGCAGAAAGAAGAGAACAGCAUAGAGAAGCUGUGUCUGUCCCACAUGAAAGCUGUUGCAAGUUGCAUGGUCUCGUCUCAUCCGGAGGUGAAGCCCAUUGUGUGGGAUGAUAUGCUCAGGGGAGUGAGUGAGGAAACACUGACAGAGUCCGGGGUAGCUCAGCUGAUGGAGCCAAUGAUUUGGGACUAUGCAGCGGAUCUUGACGAGGAUGACAAAGUGCUUCUCAUUGAAAAGUACCGCAAGUGUGGCUUCCCCAAGCUGUGGUUUGCUAGUGCCUUUAAAGGAGCCACUGGGGCAAAUCAGUCUCUAACUCUGAUUGGACACCACCUAAAAAACCAUCUCCAGUGGCUGAAAGUGGCAAACAGCACCCCUGCUGAUAUGCUCCAAGGCAUCGCCCUGACUGGCUGGCAAAGGUAUGACCAUUUCUCUGUCUUAUGUGAGCUUCUUCCAGUGGGAAUCCCAUCACUAGCUGUGUGUCUACAGGCACUACAGAAUGGUGGCUAUUCUGAAAAGGUUAAAGAAAAUGUGGAGAAACAGCUGGGGCUCUCAAGUCUGGAAAUUGACACUUUCAUGAGUGAAAGUUCAGGGACCUUUCCAGGGAGUGACAUCUUCACACUUGUGACUCAGGUCUGCUUCUAUUUGAAGCCCUCAGUAGAUGAACUUCUUGAAAGAAACAGGUUUGUCACAGGCUGGUUCAGCCCCUACCACAGAAAGAGGAGGAUCGUUCAUCCUAUAAUGAUGCAUCAUUUUCAGCCGGACGCACUAAGUCUUCUAGCCAAGUGGAAUGCUGUGAUGCAAGAGCUUCAAGCAGCCCUUGAGAGAGUUUUCUACAUGUGUACCCUAGAAGAGUGGAUGGAGGAGAAUGUCCAUCCCAGCUUACACAAACUGCAGGAAGUAGUGGAUGACCUAGAUAAAGCAAUACAAGCACAAUCCUAGCUGCCCUCAGAAACUGCCAAACGUCUGAUCUGAGACCCUGGCUGGUGCAAAUUCAUGAGUAACUGUAUAGCCAGAGCUUAAACCACCCAUGGAAUAAAGUGGAUGCAACUUCACUGAAGUUGAGUUGGACCAUAUCCACAGCAAGGAAUUUGAAGCUAGAAUGACGAAGUAUGAAGAUGUGGGGUUCUAUCUUUACCUCCAACCAAUGCCGAAACUCAGCCUCUGAAAUCAGCUACAGCAAUGUGCGUACUUGACCAGACUUACUCCUGUGUAUAACAAUGAAAGCAAGAAUGAGGCCAAGCUUGGCUGUGUCCUUAGUAGUGAGAGUAUAAGGAAAGGAGAAAGUGCAUCAAGACAGAUCUUGAAUUUCAAAAAUCUCUCUCUUUUAGGUAAAAGUGACCUGAAAAAGUAAUGUGGCAAAUUCCAGUUGCUCACCAGUAUGAGCUGAAUGCCCCCCAAGAUUCUGCAUACUUCUGCCUUGUUGUAGGUCUUUAUCUCCUUCCAUUAUGGCCAUCUGAUUCUUGCUCAGAGGCACUGUUCCAGUACGCAUCCUACUGCAGCAUCAUGACAAAACUUCAGUCAAUCCAUGGCUCUGGAUACGUUCUGCUUGUGACAUUCUAAAGUAUA